GCGAGGUCUGCAGCCCACAGUAUAAUUGCAAGAUCCUCAGACUCGGUUAUAAAAUAUUUAAGAGUGAAAAAGGGAUUGGCGGGUGCCCGGCCCGAGAUGAGUCUGGAGUCCUUGUUUCAGCACAUCAUCUUCUCUGAGCACCGGGCGGAGGAGAGUCGCCGCUUGCUGCGAGAAGUGAGGUCGGAGAUAAACAGAUGUCGUGAAAAUAUUAAGAAAGCGGCAGAGGAGCUGAAUGAAGAGAAAAUCAAGUUGGAAUCUAAGGUUCAGCAGUUUUCUGAAAAAGCCUUCCUCCUACAGCUUUUGAAAACUCAUGAAAAUGCCUUAAAAAGACAGUGCAGUGAAAUUACAAACGAAAGGAAUGUGCUCCUUCAAGCCUUUGAGGCUACAAAGAGAAAAGUGACAGAGGAGGAGGAAAAAUUUAUUAAGGAAAUUACAGACUUCAAUAAUGAGUAUGACAUAACAAAGAAACGAGAGCUUUUGGUGAAAGAAAAUAUCAAGAUUGAAAUAUCUGAGUUAGAAAACCAGGCAAAUAUUCUGAAAAAGGAAAUGAAAUCAGUGGAACAUGAUAGUGACCAAUUAAAUGAACUUCAAAAACAAAAGAGUGAAUUAAUACAAGAAUUAUUUACUUUGCAGAGAAAGCUCGAAGAUUUUGAAGAUAAAAAAAAUGAAGCUGUUCGUACUACCAAAAAUUUAGAAGCAGAAAAAAUAAAAAUCACUGAAAAACCUCAGAAUGAUGCUGAAUGCUUAAGACUUAAAAAGGAAUUAGAACUUUAUAAGGAAGAUGACAUGCAAAGUGUUUAUGAUGCCCUUCAAACAGAAAUAGAAUUUUUGGAGUUGACAUUGGCACAGAAAGAUCUUCAGGAAAUAAAUAACUUGUAGAGAGUUGAUCAGCUAUCUAAGAUUUGAUCAAAACAUCUUAGUGUCAUGGUGAUAGAUACAUGAAUGAUACCCAUUACAACAGAUUCUUGUGGAAAAUGUGAGGUCCACAAUGCUCAAAUUUGUUGAAAUCUAGAAUUGGUAUAUUAGCACUUAAAAAAAUAAUUUUGCAGUUUUAUUACCUACUAAAAC